AUGUCCUCAUCCUCACCUGUAGCAGAGAACUGGUGUUACACUCAAAUCAAAGUUAUAAAGUUCUCCUACAUGUGGACAAUUAAUAACUUCAGCUUUUGCCGCGAGGAAAUGGGGGAAACACUGAAAAGCUCAACAUUCUCAGCUGGGGCCAAUGAUAAGAUGAAAUGGUAAGAAAUCCAUUUAUAAUGUGUACAUUGUCUUGUAAAUUGAGGAUCAUGUGAGAGAAAGUAGAAAAGCAAGAGCCUUGGGCAAGUACCUUGUGUAGUUUUGACUCUUCACAUUUAAUACUUGGUCAGUGCACAAGAAAAAAGUUAAGCAAGUAGAUCAUAACAUCUAUUUUCUCCCAAUUCUCUGAAGCUCUGCAGUAGAAUAAUCUUUGAGUUGGAAAGGUCAAGAAGUUGACAGAGAAGAAGGAGACAGAAGUUGGCUAAUAAUGUACAUGUGUCUUUAAUUAAGCAGUUUCAAGACAUCUACUCAAACUAAAUAGAACUUUUAUUAUCAGAAUGCAUAACUUUUGCAUUUCUGCUUAAAAUCCCCUGAAGAAGUAGCAGAAAACUUAUUAUUUAUUUCAACAGGUGUUUGAGAGUAAACCCAAGAGGCUUAGAUGAAGAAAGCAAAGACUAUUUGUCAUUAUACCUUCUCUUACUUGCUUGUAACAAAAGUGAAGUGAGAGCAAAAUUCAAGUUUUCAAUUCUUAACGCUAACAGAGAAGAAACAAAGGCUAUGGGUAGGUACAGUGACUGUCUACUGACCAUUAAUGAUGUGAAGUUAGUGAUGGUUUGAUACCCCAUGUUUAACCCUGAAACUCCCAUUAAUGACCAAGAUAGAAUAUCUCAUUAUGAUAUCAAUAAAAAAAAUGCCAAGCAGACAAGUGAUGAGAAUAAAGAAAACAUCAAUCUUUAGUUGUAGGGGUUUAUUAGUACAUCCAAGACCAAGUUCUCCAAACUAAAAUAACAAGAAUGUAACAGAAAGCAGUGAGGAAAAUGCUUAUGAGAUUUUGGAAGUGAAAGUGAUAAAUAUUCAAUGUAAAUGGACCCAAGUAGAAAUUUUGUGGCUGAAUAUGGUCUAUCCAAGAGCGGUGAAGGAUGUAUCUGUGUUUCUUUGGCAUUUGGUGGAGUUACAUGCAGAUUGUGAUACAUGUAGAACUAAAAUUCUCUGAAAGUUUCUUUCACCUACAUGUACUGUAUGUAGCAUAGUGUAGUAGGUAUGCACAACAUUGGUUAAACUUUUAUUUUUCUGGCUGAGGAACAUAUACUCUACAUUUUGGAGAUUUACAAAUUGCUAUGAAAUAUUUGACAAGUAAAUUCCAUGUUCCUGUCCAUCUGUUCAGUAAUAGAUCACAGAUGACUUCAAAAUGUGAUAAGGACAGAAGAGAGGUACACAAGCUGACGCUGAGUCAGUUACUGAAUCUUUAACCACACUUUGAUGUCUUCUGUGUUCUGUUACUGUACUGAACCCCUGCCAAUAUGGAAUCUAUUUGCAUGUAAUGGUAAAAAGCAAAAUGUUGUUCAUGGUGAUGUCAUCUAUGGGUCUCCCUUCCAAUAGAUCAUAAGUAAGAACAAUCAAAUUGUGUGACUGUAUAAUUCAGCAUAUCAUAUAAACCCAUUUUAUUUAUAGAAUACUAUUUAAGCUUGUUAGCUCAAAUAGAGGCGUGAAAUUUUAAUAUUAAUUAUUGUUUUCUCUGGUAAAAGUAAAGGCAUUGCUUAGAAAUAUUUUUUUCAGAUGUAUUGAUGUUGUCAGAGCUGGAAAUUUCAAAUUCUACUUAAGAUGUUUAAAUGCUUACAUCUGCAAUAAUUUACAUUAGUUUUGUAUGGUAUCAUUUAAAAUAGCAGAUGUGUAUUAAACAUUUAAAAGAGAUAAUGAUAAAUCUUGUAUCCAAAUAAUUAAGGAGGGAAAAUUUGGUAAAAACAUUGUAUGGAUUUAUUUUUAAAGCACUUCCCCAAUUGUAUGGUAUUAUCAGUAACAAACAUUAUAAAUACUUUUGUUUGCAGAGAGUCAAAGAGCUUACCGGUUUGUUCAAGGUAAAGACUGGGGUUUUAAGAAGUUUAUAAGAAGAGACUUUUUAAUGGAUGAAGCUAAUGGUUUAUUACCAAAUGAUACAUUAACAUUGUUUUGUGAGGUAAGGUACACACAGUUUUGAUUGUAUACUGCAUAAGCUACUGUCAGUAGUUUUUUGUUUUGUUUUUCAUGUUGAUUGUUACAUGAACUCAAAUGACAGUGCUGUGUGUUAUUGGUGUUAGUUAUUUCAGUUUUUUUGUAUGUGGUUUCUAUCUAGUAUGUUUAACUUGCUUAAUUAAUUAACCAACCUUUUCCAGUUUUGUCAAAAGGAUGGGCAGACAGGGCUAAUUUUUAACAACUGUUUUGGCCUAGGCUCUGAGCUGUGUGGUUUUUUUUGAGGUCUAAAUUUGAACUUUCAAGAACACACAGGGAAUUUUGUUUUUGCCAGGGAAAAAACAAACAGUUUUAAGGGGAGUAGUUUGGUAUUUUUUAAAGAAAGGCAAAUGAUAUCAAUGCAUGUAGCUGUUGUAUCAAUGUCUGCCUCUGAGCUCCUACACACCCUAGUACCACUUCCCUAAUGCAACAGCAGUCAACUGAUAACAAGUUCAGGUUGAUGUUGGGCUAGGAGAGGGGUAGGAGGGCAGUUUCUCAGAUACUGAUACUGAUCCUACCAGUUACGUCUGUUUUUGUUGGCAAUAAAUGACUCUUAUUUCCUCAUGUUCAGGUCAGUGUUGAAGGUGACUCAGUGAAUGUAUCAGGUUCAUCACACACAGCAGCACUCAAAGUCCCAGAGUGCAAACUACCCAGACACAUGGGAUCAUUAUUAGACUCUGGCUCCUUCAGUGAUGUGACACUGUGUACUAGGGGCCGAGAAUUUAAAGCUCACAAAGCUAUAUUGGCUGCACGUUCCCCUGUAUUUGGGGCCAUGUUUGAACAUGAAAUGGAAGAAAGUAGGAAAGGUCGCGUAGAAAUAAGUGACAUAGAUCCAGAUGUGUUUCAUGAGAUGCUAAAGUUUGUUUACACUGGUAGUACACCGCAACUUCAAGGAAUGGCAGAUGAUCUUUUAGCUGCUGCAGAUAAGGUUUGACUUUAAAACUUUUAUUUUAAUUCUUAUGUUUUAAUUCUCCAAUUGUCUUCUAUUAGAUUUUCACGAUCAUUAAUCUUAGUGUCUUAUAUGCCUUCAUGUGCCUGUCCUGUGCUUCCUUAGGGAAAUGCCCUAUACAUACGUAUUUCAGGGAAUGGUUAGGAGAAUGUAGGUAGUUGAAGUCUCUACUCAGGCCAGUUGGCCCAUCCAUCUUAUCCUGGUUUCCAUAACAAGAUCUGAUAAGGAGUGUUACCACUCUCAGUUGGUGGGAUGUCAGUCCAUUCUAAGGUUCCCUUGCAGCCUUUCAUUAGGCUUCCUUGAAGAUUUGCCUAUGCCUAUUUGUACUCCUGGUAAAGUGUUGUGCCCAAGAACACAGUGCAGUGACCCAGUCAAGUCCCAAACUCAGACUUCUAGAGCUGAGAUUCAGCCCACAAAGCAUAAGGUAAUUUAGUGUCAACAAUUGAGUUGAAAACAAAUUGGCCACCUCAAAGAGUUUUAAAGGCUGGCAUUUUGAGUAUUAGCCCUUCUUCAGAGCAAUAAAUAACUCUUCAUGGUGGCCAAUUUACCUUUUCAACUCAGUUGUUAACGCUAAAUUACCAGUUAUACUCUCUCACCUACACAGCACCAAAGCUUCUUUAGAAGCUUACCCCUUUACACAAAGUACAAGGCCACUUACUCCCCUGCCUGGUUAGAAUGUAGGAGUUGAUGGUGUAGUCUAAUUGUCCAGGUUGUAGUAGUCCUUAGGCAUACUUUUGUGGAUAGUAGCAACUGAGGGUUCAACUACCCAAGAAAAAGUUAUCAUCAGAGUCAAGUGAAGAGUUGUUUUGACAGUCCACUGGUACAUGUUGUAUAAGGCUGGUUUGUGUGAACAAGUAAUUGGUUAGUUUUGCCAUGAUGUUAUUGGUUGCAACAUCGUGGCAAAACUGACCAAUUAGUUUUACAUGUACACCAACCAGACCUGACUGAACGCUUGACUGACAAAGAACUCUUUACUUGUCUCUAAUACCAACAACAGUCCUUCUCUUAUGAAUGGUCAGAUUAGACCAUUAUUGCACUUCUUCCUAAAGGGGAACUUUUGCUGGCCCUCCUUACAGAUUUCCUUUAGGAAGGUGCUGCUCAUACUUUUCCUCCAAGGGAAGUUCUGUUCAUGAAUACAAUGUAGUUAUGUUCUUUCAAGUUGAACCAAAGCCCCUGGAACACUGCCUUCAAGGCCUUUCAUAUAUAUGUGUACCUGUGCAUUCCUUUGGACUUGUGCCUUACAACUAUGUCAACCUUCCUUCCCUGUAUUGCUGUUUUUGUUAUGGCUGAAGUUUUUUCACCUCAAUUGCACUUGACUACAUGUACCUGUGGGAGUGUUUCUUACAUCUCAUUGCACUCUGUUACAUUUAUGGUACAUUUGUCUCUUUCAGAGUAAGUGGUCCUCUCCCCUAACUCAACCAUCUCCCCCUUUUCUCUGAUAAUUUGAUGUCAAUUCACAGCUUGUGGAAUCUUGUUCUUUACUAAUUUUUUCUGUCUCUACCUAUGUUUUUUCAGUAUGACCUUGAUAGACUCAAAGUUAUGUGUGAAGAGGCAUUGUGUUCGAAUCUUACAGUAGACAAUGUUUGUGACAUUCUGAUAUUAGCUGACAUGCAUAGUGCAACACAACUCAAGGCACAAGCACUUGACUUCAUCAAAAGGUAACCAAUGGACAUUCCCUCAGAGAAUGUUGCAUUUGUUUUUUCUGAGGUGGGGUGGGUGGUUUCCCUUUUUUACAAAGUAGAGAUCCGUUUUGAGAGAUACAGCUGAAGUUGCUUUAUUCAUUCUCCCAAAUCUACUAGUCUUGUUAAAGCAAGAGGAAUUGCCCAUCUCUAAGAGAAAUCUUUCGUACCAUGUAAAGUGUGGUGCAAAGCAAGUUCACUGAUAAUUAUGUAGAACAUUGUGUAGUGCUAGUAAUCUUAUUAAUGACAAUCGCUUAACAGCUAGCCCUCUAUCUUGAGGGAGAAAUAAACAAAGUAGAAAGCAAAUUUGACCACUGCGCAUUUUAACCUUUACCAAAAUGCUCUUUUUGUUUAAGUAUCAUGGAAAUUCUUCAGGACCAUUGCAUAACGUGAUGUUGCUGAUAUUGAAAAUUCGUUUCUUUUCCAACAAUAAAUUUGUCCUACGAACAAUAUUAUUAGAUUAGCUCAUGUAAUAGUUUUACUUCUGACUUGCAACCCACCUAGAAUAGCACCCAAGCUUAUUAUGGGCACAUGAGAACCUAUGAAUAUUAAUAAUAAAUAAUAUUAUAAAUGGUAGGAGCUUAAGAAUUGGCAGGUUUUUCAAAAGCAGGAAUAACUUAAGCACAGCUGUCUUAAAACACAAGUUUUGUAGUGUCCAUUCAUAUUUAUUCUCUCUUUACUCUUCUCAUCAUAGCCGUGCAACAGAUGUGAUGGAGUCCAAUGGAUGGAAAACUCUCAUAAGUGACCAUACUCACCUCAUCGCAGAAGUUUUCAAAGCUGUUCUUGCCUCGACACAGACACCAUUAAUAGGACCACCAAGGAAAAGACAAAAGACAACGUAAGCUGCAGAGGGAAAAUUUAUUUCUUAAGAAUAAUAAUAUUAUUGCUAUUAUGAAAAAAAAGUAUAUUUAAGGAACAAUCAUUUUUAAGCCAUUCUUCGACUCUAUAAAUGAAAGAUUUGUUUGAAUUGUAUAAUUAACCUAAUGGUAUAACCUUUAAUGAAAUUUUCAUGAUGUUUCUUGCUUCUUUUUCUUUCUUGCUACUAAUUUCUCUAGUUUGGGUUGACCUUAAGUUAAGCAGUCAUUUCUUCUGCUAGAUUUUCAUUUACAACUACAGUUCAUAGUUCCUUAAAUUUGUGUCACAUCUUAAAUUUUAUUCCACACAUUUGCCCCUGAAAUUGUAAGAUGGGGCAAACAUUUAUGAUCUAGUAGUCAAGCUCUUCAAAAAGCUGUAAUGUUAUGCAUUGAUCAAUUCAAAGCUACAACAUUCCUCCUUCCCUCAGGCAACCCUCAGGGCAUUUGAACUUUUGUGGAUUGGUUUCUUCAAAGUCCACCCCACCCCCAGGGUAAAAAUUGAGUUCAAAUGCCCUACCCAAAUUUUUAUUUAAAGGCAAAAUAAGCAACCAUGACUUUCUACUUAUUGACCAAGUUUUAAAACUUAGAGACUACCUUUUCUUCUGAACCAUUUGCUUGCAACGGUGAACUAUUUACCUUAAACACCUUAUUUAAAGAUGUAACACAUUUAUUCAGCUGGAAAGACUUGACACUUCUGUUUCAAAUUCACCACCCCAACCUAGCAUGGUUCAUAUUCCCCACACUGCUGCACAUGGACAAGGGUCAAAUCCCUGUGGGUUGCUGGGGGGAGGGGUUGUUGAAGCUUCAAAUUGUUUGGUGCAUUAUCUGCUACUACUGACAAUCUGGUAGAUUUGAUAGCAUGUCAUUUGUUUUUGCUUUAGCUUCUUCUCACUGAACAAUAUUGACUUUUUCCAUGAGUAAUCUUUGCAUCUUACCCUUUCUGGCUCUGCUUUACCUUAAUUGUUCUUCAAAUUUGGAACAGAAAAAAUGAUUGCUCCUUAAAAAAAUUAAUGUUAGAUAGCUUCCCCUCCCUCCCCCAGAAGAAAAAAAAAUAUAAGAUUGUUGUACCGACUAGUACUUUAAUGAACCUUGUAUCAUAGUGUAAUAUACAAGUGUUUGUAAGUAAUUGUCAUAACUGUCAACAUUAAUUAUUUAGUCAAAAUAGCAUGGAAACAAAUUUAAGCCAAAAAUUUAAUGGUGUCUGGUUCAGAAGUGUUUCUUUUUGACACUGGAAUGUGACAGAAUUCCUUGCAUACCCUGUCCACUUCACCAUAGUUUGGUAUGGUGGCCAUAGGUGUGUUACAUUUAAGUUAGAAGCUAUGUCAAUGUUGGGGUGAAGUGCUCUAGAAGCCACCUACAGUAUACUGUUACAUUUACUGGACAUCUCCUUCACUGCCAUUGUUUACUGUGAUCAUGCUGUCUGAUUGUUGGUGGGAGUGACUGACAUUUUGACAACCUUAGAGAAAUGCAUUGUCGACUCUAAUGAUGACAUCAUCUAUUGUAAUGUUUCCACUCAAGUGCACGUUACUAUCUCCCUCUCUCUCUCUCUCCUUUGAGUGUGAUCCCUCUCAUUUUGAUGUACGAUGUGACCAAGAGUACAGCUGCAAGGGAGAUUAACACAUUUACCUAGGGCAAUGUGAAAUGGUUAAGCCUGCCAGACAGGUGCCCAGUUUAGCACUUUUUUUAGAGAUUUAAAGAAGGGUGAACAGGCAAGAACUCACUUUGCUGUCAUUUGUGCCCCUCUACUUGUUCCUUGCUUUUAGAGGACAUGGCAUGCUGGCUAAAUUUGUUGGCUGAAUGAUUUGAAACAGUGGUUGUGAAGGAGUUCUUCAAUUUGAUCUUACCUUGUGUGACUUAGCUUAUAUAAUUUUACCCCUUAACACCGUAAAGACUAGAUUAGGUGAAAAUACCAAGGGAAAUGUUAUCUAGUUAAAAGAUCCACUAAAAUUCUCUUGACUACGUAUAAUUAUAAGGCAAUUUAUCUUGGAAGUUGACGAGUAAUGGGACAAUUGUUGUGGUAAACUCAGCCGGUUUGGGUUUGGUUCUCAGCAACAAAGUAAGAUAGAGUAACCGCUGAGAUAAAGAAUCUUAGCAAUUCAUGUUUUAAAACAGUUACAUCUGCCAUUUGGGGUUAAAGCAUGCUUUUGUUGAGGCUACACAGCAGGCAGUAUGCAGAGGGACAGUAGGAAUAGGAGUUAAAGUUACAAGCAAAGCUGAAGACGUGCAAGGAGUAGCUCUUCUUGCGAUUUCUAAGUUUAUUCUCCCUUAUUUCAUGUCACUAGCAUGUACUUAUCUUUUUACCUUUUACGCAGUUGUGCAUCCCCCUUCCCUAGGUUGACGUAAUGCUCUAUUCUCUCGCUGUUAAUCAAUAAGUGUUCAUUAGCAAAUAACUUACAAGUCGUAUGCGAGGGUGGCGGGUGGUAUCUCGUUUUGAACGCUUGGCAAAUGCCCCCUCUCAGAUGGUUGCUGAUAUUUUGUGGCAAAGAUUUUAGCUUGACAAUCUUUUGCUAUCGCAAAAGAAAAAGGUCUCGCACAAUACUUUACGUCAUGCUUUCCGGUAGUUCACAAGUGGCUACAGGGGUUAAUGUUAUAGUUGCACAAAAUUUGUCUCGGUCACCAAGGUAACACACACUGUAAAAAGUAUUCUUUUAGGUCACUGUUUGCGUGACCAGGAAAUAUUGCGUGACGGUGUCCACAGUGGGCUUUAAAGUUUUCAUGCAAUACUAAGUUUUUAAGAAAACUUAAGAAGUAACUUUAAAUAUUUUCUUUUUAACGUGUUUCAGAUACUCGAACAGGUGGAAAAUCUAUUAUUUUUAGCAACGUUCACAAAAGAAAAAACUUGAGCCUGAAAACUUUGUUUUGCACCAAAGUUACUGAACCGCUACGUCACAUUAUCAAGCUGUUACCAUCCUGCAUAGAAAUAAUUGCUUUUGAUAUGGUGCGGGGGUGAUUAAGGACUACUCUUGACAAACUCUCCACCCUGGUAUCAAGAGACAUUGUUACCCCCUUCCCCUCCCCCCAUUAUUGACCUCUCAAUAGUAAACCAAAGAUGGCUGCAUUUCGACAAUCGCUCAAGAAAGUUAGUUUUGAUCAGUUCUCGUUUUACAAUAUAUUUAGGCCAAUGAAACGUGAUAAGAUAAAACUCAUUCAUUUCAG